AUGGAUUUGGUAAACCACCUCUCGGACAGGCUGCUUUUCGCUGUACCAAAAAAGGGCCGGCUCCAAGCUGCAACCCUAGACCUUCUCGCUGGCUCUGACAUUCAAUUCCGACGGGAGACACGGCUAGACAUUGCGCUCGUCAAGAAUUUACCCUUGGCUUUGAUAUUCCUGCCUGCUGCUGAUAUCCCUACGUUUGUUGGCGAAGGCAAAGUCGACCUAGGUAUCACAGGCCGGGAUCAGGUCGCCGAGCACGAUGCGCAUCUCUCCUUGGGCGAGGCGUCAGGUGUUGAAGAGGUCAUGGACCUUGGAUUCGGCAAGUGCAAGCUGCAAGUACAAGUUCCCGAAAAGGGCUCUUUACAGACGGUGGAGGACCUAGUCGGAAAGAACAUCGUCACGAGUUUUACGGGCCUGGCAGAGGACUACUUCGCUCGGUUAGAAGGCAUGGGCAGUCGCAAAGAAAGCAUCAACGGCACGGCAAGCCCUGUGCCAAAGCUAAAGACAAAGAUCAAGUUCGUUGGCGGGAGUGUGGAAGCGGCGUGUGCACUGGGCGUGGCCGACGGCAUCAUUGAUCUCGUAGAGUCUGGCGAAACGAUGCGCGCCGCAGGAUUAAAGGCGAUCGACACGGUUGUUGAGAGCACUGCGGUGCUGAUCAAGAGCAAGUCAGUCUCGAAUGAGAAGUUGGUCAACUUGAUUGCCGCCCGGAUACGCGGCGUCAUCACCGCGCAGAGAUAUGUCCUUUGCACAUACAAUGUUCCCCGGUCAAAAGUGGCUGAGGCCACAAAGAUCACGCCGGGCAAAAGAGCACCGACCAUCACUGCCCUGGAAGAAUCGGACUGGGUCGCGAUUCAGUCCAUGGUCGAGAAGAAGGAUAUCGCGACAGUUAUGGAUGCAUUGACGACGGCCGGGGCCACGGAUAUUCUUGUCUUGGACAUUGCCAAUUCCCGGACGGGUUGA